UUUGCAGACAAACUUCCGUUGUGAAAACUACAAAAUCUUCUUUGACCAGAUGGAUCAAACAUUAUCAUCAGUCCCUUCUAACCAGUCUGAAGCCCUGCUGACGAUCAGAGACUCAGUGAUGAUGAUUCCUCCCGAUGAGUGCAUUGAGAGAGCGAGUCAAUGCACAACAACUCCUGUAAAUGAGUCUUCCCUCUGUGCAAGUGUCAACAGCUCUGCUUUGGAUCAGUUCUUGAAAGUAGCGGCUCCAAAUGCAACAGGCCCACUGAAUCUUUGCAACUUCACUGUGUUGCAGUUUGCCUGUCUACCAACGUUGUCACAGUUGAACUCUCAACAAGUGGCCGACGUGUUGGCUUGCAAACAGCCCAGCAAUGUGGGAAAAGAGACCUGGAAGCUUUUCUUCACCAAAACCAGCACAAACCUUGAUGAUGCACUGCUAAAAUUUUCCAACAUGACUCCGAGUCCCAGCAAUGUGUCUUUGUCUGAUGUUCUGGAUGUGCUUGUUGAAGUCCGGGUCGAUCGCUUUAGUCCUCAGAGACUGAGAGAUCCUGUCUUCAUUCGCUCAUGGUUUCAGGGGCGACUAAAGCCCUUCUUACCAUCAGUAUCUCAAAGAGUCCUGUCCUGUCUCAGCAACAAAAACCUCACCUGUGAAAGUUACCGCACAAUCACUGAGGCUUUUGUGAAUGCUCCUCUACGAGAUGGACAAGACGUUUGCUUUCCACCGCAACCUAAUGCCACUCAAAGACAGGAUCUGAUCUACAAAGAGUUCGUGAAAGCUUUCCUCUCGCGCAAUGACACUGAUGAUCCCAGGUGCCUUAGAAAUUCCACCAACAGUACGCAGUGGAUCAACAGAAACUUUGGGCCGUUCGUUCAGUCAGCUCCCCUAACGGACCUUGGGGAACUGAACAGAAACUUCACAGCGGUGGAUGUUCUACCUCUUUUGAGUCUAAGACAACUAGUUGAGUUUUCAGUCACACCUGGUGCGCUUAAAGAUCCUCCAAGUGUCAUCAAUGUCAUGGAGCUUGUUAAGGAUUGCCAGCUCUCUGCUUUCUUUGACGACCUUUCCCAGAAAGUGAAGGACGUCCGACUCACGCAAGAUGUAAAUGCAGCACUGAUAAAACAGAUAUUUGACAGAGCCAACCUGUCUAAUCUAAAUGUCACUAAUCAGGAAGUUCUAGUCUGGUUCCAGAAUAGACUAAAACCUCUGUUAGCCAACCUUUCAGAAAGCGUUGUGUCUCCGUUUUUUACCAUCCUCAGCACAAGAGACUGCAAUAUCACUCAAUCCGCACUGAGGCUGUUAAACUUAGAAUCUUCAAUACCCACAAAUACCAAAAAUGCGAUCUACAACAGCAUUCUUCAGUCCUUCAGAGGGCCACAGCCUCUGAGGUGCUACAGAAACAACAGCUUUAUCACGUUCCUAAACGAAAGCCUGUUCGGCUUUGGGCCGCUUCCAAAUCUGACCACAUUCCUCUCUCUGAUACCACAACCUCGGAAAUCUGAGCUCGUAAACUCUGUAUCUCCUUCUGAGCUGGGAACCUACCUCAGACAGCUGGAAGUGAUGAACAAUGAUUCACAAAUCUGUGUCAUCUUUAACAACUUUGUCAGAACCCCUGAGUUCUUGGACACCGAAGAUGUUCCAGAUAAUCUUAAAAGCGCCAUUCUUCCCUGUGUCUGGCCUCUGGCACUGACAAGUGACAAUCAGACGGAGAUUGAUUUGUGGUUUAACCGUAGAUUGAGGCUCUACUUGAAGUUCCUGAACAAAGAUAUACUGGGGUCAAAAGACACACUGAAUGCAUCUUGCCUGUCAUACAGGAAAAUGGUCAAUGUUUUAGGCAACAAUUUCACCUUUAAUGGUUCUCAGAUUUCCAGUACAGAUGUGUACACCACCAUUAAGACCUAUCUGAAAGCAGACACUGAUCCAAAAUGCUACAAACCAUCUGACGCAACACUAAACUCAACGGCGUGGUUUGUAAACCACAUUGGUAUAUUUAUAACUUUUCUGAGUCUGGACGAUCUCUACUCUUUCGGUUCUGAGAGGACGAUAAAAACCUUCACUGUGAACCCUGAAAACUUAAAACUGUUCAAUCAAAAGACACUUCCAAAGAAUGUGCUCAGCCGCUACACUGAACUCGUCUUUCUGCAAAACCCCAGCUUUAGUUUGUUUGAGUAA